AUGGAAUGCCCACCAGAAAGUUGCAAACAAGUUUGGGAGUACACAAUAGGACUGUUCAUAUUUAUCAUGCUGGUUCUAGUGUUCACUGGAAUCGGAACGAAUGAAACAACCCUAUUUACAAUUUCCCUACUCAUAAUGGCAAUGCUUGUCUUACUAUCCUGCAUUGUCGCCAUUAUUUUAAAGAUUUUCAAAUCCUGUUACCAAAGAGAUGCUAUUGAAAUUGAACUCAUUUCAACGAAACCUUUGAAAAUGGACCAAGAAAAUAAUUCGGAGGAUCCUCAAGUCGCUGAUUGCGAACGAGUGUUCUCUGUGGUUCGUAUCAAGUAA